AUGGAAGGUGCCACAGACCAGAACACCCACAAGGAAGACCCCCCACCAGGAAGUGCAGGCAAUCAUCAUGUUGCCAGUUCCGCUGCAGAAACCAGCUACCCGGAUCCCAGUCGCAACCCACAGUUUGGAGCCUACGGACCUUUCGCAGGUAGCAGCAAUCUCGAUGGCAGCUUUGGAGCACCACACCAUGGCGCUGGAUCGCCCUCUUGGGCCACGCCGCCUGGAGCACAAGCUGUACCGCAGUCGCCGUUUACUGCGCAGUCCUCGAACAAUUGGAUGAGCAUGCCUCAGGCAGGGUUCUCUUUGCCCGAUCAUCCUCUGUUUGCUCCGCCAAUGCCACAAGACGCCCCCGCUGUCAACGAUCGUGGCCUCACUCAAGCACAAGUGGUAGCGCAACAAUUUCACAUGCGCCAUGGCGACCCAGGGUCUCGGUUGCGAGGCGGUGACAGCACAUCAUAUCUUGCUGGGCAGUGGGGCGAAGAUACUGGAGGUCGAGCUGCGGCAGGCGCGGCUUACAGAGCGGCCGUCAACUAUGGUGGCACUCACGAGUGGGAUCCCGAUUUCGACCCCUACAUGGAAGACGCCGCGGGUCUUGGGGAGCUGCUGGACGAGACCGAUAUGAUUACGCCCAACGCAACUCGUGGUGACCACUCUGGACGUACCCGCAGCGGUGUCGGCAGAGGUCGUGGUCGUGGUGGCUGGAGAAAGCUGUUGAAAGGAACGGAACAUGCCGAUUUGUUCGAGAAGCCUCGGACUAUCAACCGUGGCCGUGGACGUGGAAGACCUCGUGGGCGAGGGCGCAAGGCUGCUGAUCCUGGACCUGAGUUCAGGCAAUUCAUGAAGAAAGCACAAGAUCGUUUUCUGGACGAGAAGUAUGAAGAAGCCCUCGACAACGUCAGACAAGCUAUUCACAAGAACCCGGAGAUGUACACAGCUCACGUCCUGCUCGUCCAAAUCCUUGACGCAAUGGGCCGAGCAGAAGAUGCCGCGACAGCCAUGGAACACGGAGCUGCAACGGCGCGUGAUCCUCGUGUCUAUGUUCAGGCAGCUGACAAAAUUCUGCAGCUAGCCGGCGAUGAUGAGCGAUCGCCCCAGCUUCUCAAGCGUGCCAUACAAUGCUACUCUGAUGCACUCAAGCUGAGCAGUCGCUUCAAAGAUGACAAAGACCUUGAACUCGAGCUGCGUGGAGCAAAAUUUGAACUCGAGAAAGAGGCUGGCAAGAGUCGAGAAGCGCGUCUGGAUGCCAGAAACAUUGUGAAGGCGUGGCCAUAUCAGACGUACUAUAUUGGGCAGUGGGCGCAGUUAUGCGGAUCGUGGCAUGACACCUCCGAGAUGAAGGACGCGAAGGAAGCAUACGAGACAGCCUUUCGAGAGUACGAGGACGAGGAUUCUUUUGGACACCAAGACGAUGAGACUGAUCAGUGGAGUCAUCUCAACCUCUAUCUUGAUCUUUGCGACAUGGUCGGCACUCACGAACCUGGACUUUUCAGAGGCAAACAGUUGGCUCGCUGGUUUCUUGGACGCCAAGACGAAACUUUCUGGGACCGUAUCAAGGACGACGACCGCGAAUAUGAUGAUGACAACGGUCGAAGGGUGUACCUACCAGAGUGGCAGCAGGGACGGGCCAGUCGCGACAUGGAAGCUUACGGUCAAGGCCUGCCUGUGGACAUCCGAGUCAAGUUCGGCAUGUUGCGACUAAAAUCUGGCGUCCAGCAUUAUCCAGAGGCGAUGCGUCACUUCCAGACAUUGCAUCGAUACGACGAUCAGGUCGAGGACUAUUAUGACAUCUUCUUGCAAGUCGGGCGCAGUUUACAAGAAGCAAACUAUCGAAGCGAGGCAAUAAAAUUCUACGACUUGGUUCGCAAAGUGCCGAUAGUGGAAGAUCGCGAUGAAGGUAUUGAAGACAAGGUCUGGAUGCAAAUCGCGAAUUGCUACAACCAAGCAUUGCGACACGGCGAUGCUAUCGCGUGCUACGAGAUUGUUCAUCGUCAUAAGCGUGCCAGCCAGGACUAUACUGUCUGCUGUGCUCGUCUUUGCAAACAUUACGAAGACAUUGGGGAGAUAGACAAAGCACGGCAGUUGUGCAAUGAGCUGAUCCUGUAUAACCGACUCGAUCUUCUCCACACUGCAGGUGUCAAGAUGGCACCGCCCAUGUCCAAUGUGCUCAGACCACACAAGUACGAUCUCGCUGCCCCGCGAGUGCCGUUGAGGCCACUGAAGCCGCCAGUCGUGUAUAGGGAACUACGACCUGCAGGCGAUCAGGCUCAGGUUCCGGCAAAUCAGGGCACCUUCGCUGAGAUGAGAUUCGACCCAGCAAUCGGCACACCUACAGCACCCGCAGCCUCCACUGGUCCAGUCAAUCUUGGUCCCGUCUCUCAAGAGGUGGAGCUACCUCCAGCGCCUCCAGAGCAUGUACCCGGGCUCAUACCCCAGAAGCGAAAGCGAGGUAGGAAGAACGCACUUUUACCACCCGCCGAAGAUGACGAUGAAGAUGGCGGAGAAGGUAGUGCUCCAAAGCGCCCGAGACUGCAGAAGACAUGGAACAAAGCGCAUGACGCCAAACGCCAGGCUCGCUUCGACAUGAUCCUGGAUGCGCAGGAACGAUGUCUCGCCAGCUUUGACGUCGUCAAGCAGCACUGGCGAGCUAUGAAGACAGGCGAAGACGAAGAUGUCGUGGAGCAGUGGGUCGAGGCAGCCAAUGUGAUGCUCAAAGACUUUACAGACAUGAAGGUCUUCUUUCCAGAGCGCGACAAGACUCUACGCCUGGAGCUGACGGACGAUCCUAGUAGGCCGUUCAAGAAGCAGAACCAGCGCCAUGAGGACAUUGUUGGGCCGAACACUUACCUCCAAAUCCCCUUCCACGACUGGCACCGCGUCUUCUCGGACCUUGCAUUGAUCUAUGCAGGAAGCGGCGAACAAGAUCGCUGCUACUAUGUUGUCAAAGACGUCCUCAUGGCCGCCAACGUCUUCUUCCUUGAGAAGAAACUCAAAUGGGCCAAUCUCGGCGUUGCUUUCCACUGCGCGCUGGCUUUCAACGACAGCUUCUACGCUAUUGAACUCGUUCGCGAGCUCAUCCGUGAGAACGAGUUCCGCGGUGGUACUCUCUUCCAGCUCUUCGCUGCUGUGAACCGUUUCUCCUACGGGAGCAACUGGUUCAACUCCGGGCCAAGUCAGAAGUUCAUGCUUCGUAUGGUGAAGCAAUUCGACUUUCUUGCCAUGGAGCCUGAAGUUCGAGACAGAAUCGAAUGGUCAAUCCAGAAAGCAAGUCUCGAGGAACGAGUCAGGAAGAUGGACGGUGAGAGGCAUGAGCUCGACGCGGGAGUGCUCAUGAUGUAUGGACACAUGGUGGCUGUGGCGAAUCACAGUCACACAUCUAUUCCGUACUAUCUCAGAGCUCUUGCUCUGGAACCAGAAAACGUCUGCGUCAACUUGAGCCUCGCGACAAUGUGGGUCCAAAUUUCCAUGAAGCGCCAGACCGACAAUCGACAGUUCGGCAUCAACCAGGGCCUCGCCUUCCUGUACAGAUACUACCACAUCCGCGCCGCCAGCGGCAAAGCUUCCCACCUCCAAGAAGCAGAGUACAACGUGGCCCGCAUGUGGCACUAUCUCGGCUUGACACAUUUAGCGCAAGAGAACUAUCAGAAAGUUCUGGCGUUGAGCGAACAAGUCCAGGCGGAGGGAGAGGAGCGGAAGGUAGCUGGGGAAAUGCCGGUGGAGGAUGAGGUGGAGGAUCUGGCAACUGAGGCGGCGUAUGCGAUGCAGCAGAUCAUGUUGCUGGCUGGGAAUGUGCAGGGUGCGAUGGCGUUGACGGAGAAGUGGUUGGUGUUUUGA